GCGGCGCACCGCCCUGGACCGGAAGUGGCUGGGCUUGGGGCUUGAAUGCUGGGGAGACGAGGCGUCUUGGGGGAAGUGGCCUCUGCUUUCUUCGGCUGGAGGUGAGACGGUGCAGCCGGAGCCAUGGGGAAGAGGCAGCACCAGAAGGACAAGAUGUACAUAACUUGUACAGAAUAUACACAUUUUUACGGAGGAAAAAAAGCAGAAAUUCCACAGUCCAACUUCAGGCGUCUACCUUUUGAUCACUGCAGCUUAUCUUUGCAACCAUUUGAGUAUCCUGUUUGUACACCAGAAGGAACCAUCUUUGACUUGCUAAAUAUUGUCCCUUGGAUAAAGAAGUAUGGAACAAAUCCAAUCACAGGAGAGAAGAUUGAUGCCAAAUCGCUCAUCAAACUGAACUUUGCUAAAAACAGCGAUGGUAAAUACCACUGUCCGGUGCUCUUCACAAUAUUCACCAAUAAUUCCCAUAUCGUGGCUAUCAAGACGACUGGAAAUGUGUUUGCUUAUGAGGCAGUCGAACAGCUGAAUAUAAAAACAAAGACUUACAAGGAUCUGCUAACAGAUGAACUCUUUACUAGGCAAGAUAUUAUUACACUGCAGGAUCCGACCAACUUGGACAAAUUUAAUGUCUCCAGUUUUUUCCAUGUUAAGAACAACUUGAAAGUGACAGAUCCAGAUGAGGAGAAAGCAAAAUCAGACCCCUCCUAUUACCUGAAGAAUGCCAACGCUGAGACCCGAGAAACGCUAUCAGAACUUUAUAAGGAAUUCAAAGGGGACGAAAUGCUGGCCGCGACAAUGAGGGGGCCAGAGAAGAAGAAAGUGGAUAAGCUGAAUGCAGCACACUACUCUACAGGCAGAGUGAGCGCCUCCUUCACAUCUACUGCCAUGGCACCCGAAACGAUGCAUGAAGCAGCUGCCAUUGAUGACGACGUGGUACGCUACCAAUAUGUGAAGAAGAAAGGCUAUGUUCGGCUGCACACCAACAAGGGAGAUCUCAAUCUUGAGUUGCACUGUGACAUGACCCCUAAAACCUGUGAAAACUUCAUCAAGCUAUGCAAGAAAAAUUACUACGACGGGACCAUUUUUCACAGAUCAAUUCGUAAUUUUGUGAUCCAAGGGGGCGAUCCAACUGGAACAGGAACAGGAGGAGAGUCGUAUUGGGGAAAGCCUUUCAAAGAUGAGUUCAGGCCCAACCUGUCCCACACGGGACGGGGCAUUCUCAGCAUGGCCAAUACAGGACCCAACAAUAACAAAUCCCAAUUCUUCAUUACAUUCCGCUCCUGUGCGUACCUAGACAAGAAGCACACGGUGUUUGGAAGAGUGGUUGGUGGCUUUGAAACCCUGACAGCGAUGGAGAACGUGGAGAGCGAUCCGAAAACCGACCGUCCCAAGGAGGAAAUCAAAAUUAAGACAACAACAGUUUUUGUUGAUCCGUAUGAAGAAGCAGAUGCUCAGGUUGCCAGGGAGAGAGAGAAGGCCCAGGAAGAGGAAGAGGCUGCAAAGGGGGCAUCCAAAGCUGUGGUCCCAAAGAAGGAGAAUCCCACUCCCAAAACGUACCGCGAAGGUGUUGGGAAGUACAUUAAUAUAGCGGCAGCGAAGCGAGCAUCAGAAGAUGAUGGACCGUCCACCAGUGCAGCUGCAAAGAAAGAGAAAAAAAGCACAGGCUUCGGAGACUUCAGCUCCUGGUAGCCAACUAAUGGUGACGAACUCAAUGAAACCCAUCCAUAGCAAAGCCUGGACAACUGUUUGGAAUGAAAAAGGUCAGGGUUGUGUGCUUUUCCUCCCAUAGCCGACACUCGCCCACAAAAAAGCAGACAUGCUCUUAAUGUGUCUUUGUUUAGCAUUAGCGCCUUGGCAGCCUUUUCCUUUCUUUGAAUCCCUUCUUCUCAGAAAGGUUCCCUUUGUUUAUCAGUGAGGAGCAACACUCUUUGCUUCAGGGAUGACUCUUACGUAUGGCUGCUCAGCCGAUUUCUCACUGGAACAGGAGGGGAUGCUGAAAUGGAUGAAUAAAUGAAGUUCUGUUCCAAACAGAGGGCGGCAGAGGAGGAGUUCAUCACAGUUAUACCCUUGUUGCGGACCUAACUUCUUUUUGAAUUCUGAUGUGUAAAAACCAGUCCCUUUUGUGCCUCUGUCCUACUGAACUAUUUUUAUUAACUGUCCUGCCACCACUGAGGAUUUGCAUCUUCCUCCUCUCCGUGGGUUAUUACAUUAUGAAGUGUAAUACAAUUCCAGAUCUCUCAAGUGGCUGCUCUUGGUGUGAAAUGGUGUGAACUGGACUAUCUCAAUUUCCUUCUCUGCCUGCUCCAAAAACGUAUGCUACCUUCAGGCAAACUGAAUUUACCAGGAUUGUUGCAUCAGACAACUUUAGCAGCCAGACCAUACACAGAGACGCUGAAAUAUUGGACUUUGCAGUGGUUUGGUAAGAUUCCCGCUAAGGAUGGUACCUAUGUUGCUUUAGAAAAUCGCCUUUUUAAAAAUGGUAUUGCUCUUAUUUUUUAAAAAGAAUGCCUUGAUAGGAAAAUAUAACGUGUAUGAAUGUUGUAACAUAUUUUUCAUUAAAGACUGAAGUUCA